AUGGAAGGCAAUUAUAGUUGCACCAAUCUUACUAUAAUUCAAAAUGAUUAUCGCCUAGUUUAUGGUAUCAUCUUAAUAUCAGCGACUGUAUUUGGCUUACUCGGCAAUAUCGUUUUAUUAUAUAUUAUAUCAACAUUAAAAAGAAGAAUCUCAACCGAUAUCUUUAUCGUUGGAAUAGCAAUUUUCGGUUUACUUUGUAUACCUUUACAUGUUAUUUCGAUUUUUGUUUACUUUUCACACGAUUGCAGGUACUACUUAAGAAGUGGAACAUUCACAUGUAACUUUUAUGGUUGGUUAUUAACGAUGAUUUCCAGCAAUGAGGUUAUCCUCGUAGUUUUAAUAAGUUUAGAUCAAUACAUAGCCAUUGUACAUCCCUUUGUAUACCGAAACUUCGUGACGAAUACAACCACUUUUAUCGCAUUUAUCACGACAUGUAUCAUAUCGGCACUCCACUCGUCUUAUCCAUUAUUAACACAAAUUCACAUGGUAUCUAUUUCGCCAUAUUACUCGUUUUGUCAUUUCGAUUAUAAGAGUAAACUACCUAAAGCUACUGGCUAUACCAUAUUUCUAUUCUCGCUUGGCAUGGUACUGUGUAUUGUUAACGUUUUUUGUACUAUAUCCAUAUUGCGAACAUUAUGUCGAAUUGCUAAACGACGGCAUCAAAUUAAUCCAUGCUGCCAAACUGGUCCUCGAGCUGAAAUUAAAUCAGAUUACAAUGGACUCAUAGCUAACUUACUGAAACGCAAUCGUUUAGCUCGUCGAUCGGAAGAACUUGCUUUUGCUAAAGCAUCAAUCCUCCUAUUUAUAUUGUGUUUCUCUUCUUGGUUAGCAUUUUCGGUUGUGGCAAUCGCAGGUUUAAUCUACCACAAGACUAUUUAUAAUGCCGAACUAGCGGUUAUAAUAGUUAUGUCGUUGAUUCCAAUCAUUGUUCCUUAUGUAUGCAUAUAUACUGUAUUACCAUAUCGGCGACAGCUAGUACGAAUUUGGAGAAAUAUCCGAUCAUAUAAUCGAACUCGUCGGAUGACAUUUACCAACAGACGAAGAUUGCGUGAUUAUGUCCAACUAUUUCCUGAUGUAGGGGGUAACUUAUCAACUUUGGUCAGUGACAUAACUUACAACGGAUCUAUUCGCAGAAAUAGAAAUUAA